AACAACGUGCAGAAUGGCGGCAGUUUUGGGAAACGUAAUUUUGACGGAGUUGAUGAUGUACGAAAUGCAGCGCCGAAGUAUUUAUCGCCAAAGAUAUUUUAAUAUUGGUCAAUGGUUACAGUUUAAUGAAUUUGAUCUUCCAGAUGCAAAAUUCAUUGAAUCAUUUUGCAUUCCAAAGAAAGUUGCUAGAGUGUUGUGCGAUGAAUUAAAGCCAGAGUUGAAAUGUACUUCUGUUUACAAUAACUUCGUUAUUACCUCGGAAAAAAAAAUAUUGUGUACCUUGCGGUUCUUUAAUUCUGGAUCUUUCCAGAACUAUGUCACAGAUGGCAAGACCUUCCACUUUAGUCAGUCAUCUAUAAGCAGAUGCAUUAACAAAGUCUGUGCCGCAAUCAACAAGAGGAUGUUAAAGAAAUGGGUCAAAUUCCCCACAGAUUCAAAGGAGUUGGAGAGAAACAAAAGAGAAUUUGAAGCAUUGAUUGAGUUUCCCGGAGUAGUUGGUGCUGUAGAUUGCAGCCAUAUUGAAAUUAUUACUCCUCCAAGUAAAAGUGUUAUCUAUCCACGGCAAAUUUUCUGUAAUGAGAGCGGAACAUACUCCUUAAAUGUUCAGUUGGUUUGCGACGCUCAACUGAGGAUCUUGAAUUGCAAUGCGAAAUUCCCUGGAUCAGUCAAAAACUCUGAGGUCUGGAAUAAAUCAGCAGUAAGGAGAGUUAUGGAAAAGUUACAUUCAUCUGAUCAGAAAUCAUGGCUUCUAGGUGACAACAGCUACCCAUUAGAACCUUGGCUGAUGACACCAAUACAAGAUCCUGAAACAGAUUUAGAGGAAACAUAUAACAUAAGGCACUUAUGUGGACUAAGUGUAAUACAGAAAUGUAUACACGUCUUGAAAUCCAGAUUUAAGUGCCUUCUUGGAGAAAGACCUCUUUACUACUCACCACGCAAGGCAGCUAACAUUGUCAAUGCAUGUGCAGUGUUGCACAACAUGUGUGUUCAUUUCAAUGUUAGUGAGCCAAACCUCAAAGAACUGAAUUCUCCAGAAACCAAUUGUGUAGUUUCCAAUGAAGUAUAUGGAAAUGCCGGUGAGAUUCAACAAGAAAUUGUAAAUAAUCUCUCUGUUUAAAGUCCUGCAUCGUUUUUACAGUGAUUUGUAUAUAUAAGUUAUUGAAUUUUUAUUUCAAAUCAAUCUAGUGGUUGUUCAAUUCGUAAAUUUGUACUUUUGUAAUAAAUUUCAGAAACCAAAUUAAACUUUA